AAACGUACAGAAAAAACCGAAUUGACUUCAAAAAUCAGACAAGAAAACCUCUGCUUCUGAACCAAAAAAAAAAGAUCCCAGAAAUUCUCAAUGGAGUGGAAGAGAUUCUUGUCGAUCCCAGUUUGUAGUGUGUUUCUGUUGAUGGGUUUUGUUUAUUACAUAACAGUUUUCAUAUUCAUUGAAGAUUGGGUUGGGUUACAGAGCUCAGCUGGGACUUUGAAUGCUAUGAUCUUCACUUUUAUGGCUUCUUUAUGUCUUUUCUCUUUUCUCGUAUGUGUUUUAAAAGAACCUGGUUAUGUCCCUUCCCCUUAUGUUCCUGAUGUUGAAGGAGCUGCUGCCCCUCCACAUCAAGAACCACUCAAUAAUAGUUCACAACUGAGGCGAUGUGACAAGUGUGUUACAUACAAGCCUCCCAGGGCUCAUCAUUGUAGGGUCUGCAGAAGGUGUGUUUUGAGGAUGGAUCAUCAUUGUCUAUGGAUAAAUAACUGUGUUGGUUAUUGGAACUACAAGGCCUUUUUUAUAUUAGUUUUAUAUGCAACCAUAGCAAGCAUCUAUUCUUCGGUCAUGAUAAUCAGCUGUGCUUCUCAAAAGAACUGGAAUUUCAGUGGAAGAAUUCCUAUGAAGAUUUUUUUUGUUGUUUCUGGAGCAAUGAUGUUUGGCUUGAGCAUAACAUUUGGAACUCUUUUGGGUUGGCAUAUUUACCUCAUGUCUUGCAAUAUGACAACCAUUGAAAAUUAUGAAGGAAUACGUGCAGCAUGGUUGGCCAGGAAAUCUGGACACAGUUAUCGACAUCCAUUCAACCUUAGUGUUUACAAAAAUAUCACCUCGGUAUUGGGUCCAAACAUACUGAAAUGGUUAUGCCCCAUAGCAGUAAGCCAUCUAAAAGAUGGAAUGAGCUACCCGACUGCACAUGAUAGUUGAUAUAUAUUUCUGGGUUCGUGAUCACCUGUUAAGACAUUAGUGGAUUUUAUGCAAUUUUUAUCAUCAUGAAGGAUCUACUGUUUGUUCAUCAUUGAUGCGAUUAUCUGAUGUAGGUAGAGGCUAGACAGCUGACUGGAAGCAACAAGAGUGCUCUCUGGAUAAGCUUAUCACGUGUUUAACUUAAAGAAGAUGAUCGAUCAUACUUUUUGACAUACAACAAAAGUAGGAAUUUUUAGUGAGAUAAGCCACUGUUUAUUUAUAACCGCUAGAGUCCAAGCCAUGGUGUUGCCAUACGAAAGAUUUAUAAGUUGUACGUUAAAUUUUGUCAUGUAAUGUACAUACCAGAUUGUUUUCAGUUCAUGAAACCAAAUAACCUAGAACAUCCCUCCAAAGUUUCUUGUCA